AUGACCAUUCGCGAAUUCGAAGUGCUGUUGGCACUAUGCAAAGCCGCGCCAUUGGUUCAGACUGCCACAAGUGCCCAGAAGCUUGCGAGGCAAUUAACUCCGUACAUACUCGACUCCCAUACCCAAGUCUUCGUGCCGUCCCCCUUUUUUCGCAAGGUUGAGCCGUCGCCAACGGAGGCCCUGACGUUCCAUGUCACCGCUGCCUUGCUCUCCCUAGGCAUACAACACGACGAUGUACAUGAAAACGUAUCAGCAAAUAUCUGGGCGUAUCUCAAUGCAUGUGAUCAGGCCACCGAGAGUGUAAUUUCUACGCAGGGAGAUGAAGAUGAUGCCAGCUUGGAAGAUGCCAUUCGAACGGCAACAAUUGCAGUGUCCCUUCUAGGCUUCUUGGAUGCUGCUUCUGCGCAAGCCGAGUUCUGGAGGUCUGGUGGACGAAUGGCUUUGAUCCAGCGGCUUAAGGAGACGCUCUCAGAGCCAUUCUUGACUGCGGUGGAAACGGCAUUCUCGACGAUUCGUAAUGCACAUGCUCAUGAACGUAUAGCAAAAGAAUGGAAGCGAUACAUGCGCCACUAUUCAGAGUUAGGGCGACCACUAGGAGCGAUGCUGCUCCAGCAGAGCUUCAUGCGACUCCUUGUCGCCGGCACUUCACUCCUGGUAGCCGAAGUCUCCGCUUUGAGGAGCUCUCAUAUUCUCGACUUGUUGAUGUCUGGCGAGGGCCUCUUGCGUCCUAGAACGGCGGCAAGUGGCGAUGCCAAUUUCAAGUCUGUCGAAACGUAUGCUUCGAUUGUCAUCGACCAGAUGACAUUCCUCGACGCCAGCGCCGAUUAUACUCGUCUGGGCUCUGUUUCUCAGCAGAAGCUCGCCUUCGGUGUCAAGGCUGCUGCCCUGAUCAGCUAUAUCAACUGUGCAAGACUUAAUGAGGAUGCAGCAGAUACAGAGACUCUCAUCUCCUGGCUUGAGGAUGCUCUCGCCGAUCACAUUCAAAUGGCCGACGAGAACCUGGCCUCUGUUGUUCUUCGUUCCAUGGCCCUAAUUUGCCGAAUCUCACCACCUUACUCUGCGACUGUCUGCCGCCUAUUGCCUCGUUUCAUUGUGCAGAGUGGUGCACAGGGGCAUAUCAUUACAACUGCUUCACAGUCGCUAGCCUAUGUUCUCCAAAUGCUUUCCACAGAUGCCGUGAUUACUACUCUUUAUACUCUGGGCAAUGUUCUCAGCCCAGGUGGUGAAAGGGGGCUGACCAACGGGCUCAAUGGUAGCUCAGCUAUCGAUGGCGGGAGCAGUUCUGAAAUUUAUAAUGGGAGGCACUCGACCGGGAGCUCCAUUUCUCUCCAGAUUUCAGGCGAGGAAGAUACAUCCCAUGUCUAUGGCAAUGUCGUAGAGGGUAUAUGCGGAAUUGCAAGUGCGUGCAAAGACGAGAAGAUCUCCGCUCUGGCUCAAUCAAUGCUUCUUCAAAAGUACGACAAGAUCAAUAGCCUUGUCGACGCACGUAUCAUUACUGGGGCCGCUGUAUUGGCCCUGAAUGGAGGACAACUCGAGUUCCGCUCACUACUAAAACUGUACACCCGAAUUUGCCACGAUGCAGUGGUUGAGCACAAGGACCUGAUACUCACCGCGGUCAUGAAAGCUAGAAACUACAUCUCCGCAAAUCUUCGUCAAGGUUCCCCGCUCUAUGAUAUCUAUUGGGAACAUAUCCUUGACAGCAUUGUUUCGAAGGGCGAUGUUCACCAGACAAGCCACGCCAAGGAAUCUGAUAUUGAGCUCGCAGCUCGAGAGAUCGCUCAGUUACUACAGCCGCUUGCGAUCUUCAUGUCUACCAAUGAUAUGGCGUCCGACGACUGGACAGAUGAUGACACUCACUCUCUGCUCCGUGAUGCUUGGUUCAACAUCGUUGUUCAUGGCUUUACACCAGGUACAGACCGUGGCAAGAAAUACGUAGAUGCAUUGCGCAUUAUAGCCGUUCAUUCACCACCCUUGGUUGCCGAGCAGCGGGGAGAACAGGUCGAAAGUGACAUUGAGCUUAACACAGUGCUACGAAGAGGCAUGAGCUCCGACCGAGAGUCUUCAAUCAAGAAGCAGCUCAGUACACUAGUGCCCUCUAAAGCCUCUGAGAUUAGAGGUCUUAGCUACAGAAAGGUCAUCUUCCUACAAACCGCCUAUCUCGUGGAGAGUCUGAGAGCCGAUUCUGGUGACUGCACCAAGGUGUUGUCAUAUUUCCUUGAGCCGAGCAUGCGCCGGGGCGAUAUCAGUAGUGUCAUGGAAGGCAUUACGGGCAUGGUUGUCGACAGAUAUCUCAAGAAGACUCUGAAUGGCAGCCAUGUUACAUUCUCCGCUCAGUAUGCGGCGUCCCAGCUGGCUUCCAUCUUCACCUGCUGUUGUCAUCGUAUCGAACUCGUCCAACAAGCUGCCUACGCUUGCGCCGACCGAAUUGUCCGAGAUGUUCCUUCCGCGCUCUGCCAUAGAUCCUCCCUGUUUGCCCUCUUGGAGCUUCUAUCGCUCAUGUGGUCGAGUUGUCUUGAGGCAGAGACGGAUUUGUAUGAACCAAGGUCUGUGUUCGAGUCUGCUCGCGGCAAUGUUGCGGUCGAGCUCUCUGAUGAUUACGCAUUACGCAGGUACACCCUUGACCGUCUGUACAAGAAGGCUAAAUUUUGGGUCUCCUUGGUGCUUGAUCUCGCGCCGGCAGACAUCAAAGGGCUGUUACAGACGUAUCUCUCAGAGUUCGAUGACGAAGGGGCCUACGGUCAUAUUUCUCUAGGCAGAUCGUUCGCUUUAGAACUGGGAAACCCCGACCCCUUCUUCUUGAAAGAAGAAUUCGCUCCUAGUGACAUUGAUGCCUUGGCCAAGCGCAAACAGCUCGUUCACAAUCUCCUUGCUCCACACACGCGUCUUUUGCAAUUCCUUGCAAGUCACUUCAAUGCAACUAGGCUUGGCAGUCCAGACACACAGAAGAUUUUCCUUCGUCUCCUUGAUCUCACACUAGAUGCCAUUAAGACUGCAACUUCACACCCCAUGGCACGAGAGAUCAGGUUUCAGAUCGUGUUGUUUGGUCUCAAGGUUCUGCGAACCACGUCAAUGGGCGCAAUCGCACAAUGGCGUCUAAAGGACAAGAUUCUAUCAGCAGCUCUGAGUUGGUUCAGCGGUGCGCCGAAGUGGUCGUUUGGCAGCAAUAAUCUUCAGCUCAAGACGGAGAUACGACUGCUGUCAGAUGUGAUCGCUGCUGUCAAAGCCGUCUCUUACAUCAGUGCUCAUCAAGUCAACACUUUGAGAUCACUUCAGUCUAAGGAACAGUUACUCUUGUUACUACUUGAAAACGAGCAGCAGAGGUUGACAGUCUGGGUUUACCCGCUCACUGAGCCUUCAAAAAUCGCGGGUACGGCGGCACAUCCGAAGGGUGGCCUUGAAUUCCCUCGCAUUCACAAAGAAGUACGCUGGCUCUUGCUCAAUUUCCCAUCGAAAGCCAUCGACGAGCCUGAGGCUCUCACAGUCCUUCUUGGCGGCUCACUCCCAGCCGAUGUGAGCUUCCAACUCAAGUAUCUUAUUUUCUGGGCCCCGGUCAACCCAAUUACGGCCGUGACGUAUUUCUUGCCACAGUAUCAAAACCAUCCAUGCCUGAUCCAAUAUGCUAUGAGAGCUGUGGAGAGCCACUCUGUUGAUGUAACGUUCUUCUAUGUUCCUCAGAUCGUACAGACCCUUCGUUAUGAUGCAUUGGGUUACGUCGAGCGUUACAUUCUGGAGACUGCUCAGUUCUCUCAGUUGUUUGCUCAUCAGAUUAUCUGGAACAUGAAAGCAAACUCUUACAAGGACGACGAUGCUCAAAUUCCCGAUGACAUCAAGCCAACGCUUGACAAGGUUAUGGAUCGCAUGGUUGAGAGCUUCUUGCCUCACGACCGCGAGUUCUAUCUAAGGGAGUUUGCUUUCUUCGAUGAAGUUACUGGCAUUUCAGGAAAAUUGAAGCCCCUCAUCAAGCGUUCGAAGCCUGAGAAGAAACAAAAGAUCGAAGAGGAAUUGCGUAAGAUCAAGGUCGAAGUCGGAGUUUACUUGCCUAGUAACCCCGAUGGCGUGGUCAUUGGAAUUGACCGCAAAUCUGGCAAGCCGCUUCAAAGUCACGCCAAGGCACCAUAUAUGGCUACCUUCCGAAUCAAAAAGAAUAAGGGUGGCGUUGAAGAGACAGAAGAAGUUGUUCAAGAGACUGCCGCGCACCAUGGUGAAGCUCCUACGCAGAACACCAUCGAGGUCUGGCAGUCAGCUAUCUUCAAGGUCGGUGACGACUGUCGCCAGGAUGUUCUCGCCCUGCAGAUGAUUGCUGCUUUCCGAGGCAUCUUCCAUAAUGUCGGACUGGACGUGUAUGUCUUCCCCUAUCGUGUCACAGCCACUGCGCCUGGCUGUGGUGUGAUUGAUGUUCUUCCCAACUCCAUCUCCCGAGAUAUGCUCGGCCGAGAAGCUGUCAACGGUCUCUAUGAAUAUUUCAUUUCCAAGUACGGCAACGAGGAUUCGUUGCGCUUCCAACAGGCGCGCAACAACUUUGUCAAGAGCAUGGCCGCUUACAGCAUCAUCUCGUUCCUACUGCAAUUCAAGGAUCGACACAAUGGCAACAUCAUGGUCGAUGACGCAGGUCAUAUUCUGCACAUUGACUUUGGCUUCAUCUUCGACAUUGCUCCUGGCGGCAUUAAAUUCGAGCGUGCGCCUUUCAAGCUAACAUCUGAGAUGGUCGCUGUGAUGGGCGGUAGCGCAGAGCACCAGAGCUUCAAGUGGUUCGAGGAGCUAUGUAUCAAGGCUUUCCUGGCUUCACGCCAGCACAUCGAGAAGUUGAGCCAGAUUGUUCUCCUCAUGAUGGACAGCGGCUUACCUUGUUUCAAGCCGGAGACGGUCAAGCAUUUCAAGGAGAGGUUUGUCCUAGAGAAGACGGAACGAGAGGCUGCGGAUUUUGUGAAGAUGUUGAUCAGGAAGAGCUAUAGCAGCUACUCCACGGGCGUCUAUGAUCAGUUCCAGCUGAUGACAAAUGGGAUUCCCUAUUAG